UUCAUUCUUGACCGAAAAGACAAAAUAAAUUGAAGUCACUUGUAAAGUGAGCAGAUAACCUCUUGUAGGAAAUUAUACUCCUCUGACUGAUUAAGAAUGGAAGACCAAGAUGAUCAAGCUGUAGUCAAGAGAUUCAAAGCAAAGAAUUUUAACAGGACCUUUACUGUCACAAAGCCAGAAUGUAAUAGAACUGUAACAACACAACAAAACAAUGGUCCUAUCAUAAUACCCGAUACUCCAAGUCCAGUGUUUUCAAGAUUUUCUGGUAAAAGAGACAGACUUAUUGAGCAUGGAAAAUCACAACCUGAAUGUGUUAGAAAGAAAGCAAGGAAAUCUCUUGAACCAACAGAAAGUAUAGGUCAAGUUUUUCAAUCAGAUCAUACUAAUGAAAUAAGACAUGCAGGGAGUGCUUAUUCAGCUUCAAGAAAAAAAAUGGACUCCUGCAUUUCAAAUCAAUAUGAAAAUGAAGGAACAAAGAAGAAACACACUAUGGAAACAGAUAAAUAUUUUCAGGAUUUGUGGACUGAUUAUAUUGAAAGUAAAAUUGAUAAUCCUACCAGUUCUGUGACUAAUUUGUCACCCACACAGAAGAUGAAAAAGAAUAAAGAUAUAAAUUCUGAUUUUGAGAACCUUGUGAAAGAAAGUGAAGAUCAUCUGUGUUUACUGUGGAAGAAAAGAAAUGAAACUGUUACACAAAAGAGAAAUGAGAGUUUUUGUGAACCCAGAAAGAAAAGGCUUGCUCUAGAUGCUGACAGUGCUAUUAAUUUACACAAAGAUCAAACUAAUUGUCUUGAAUUAACCCCAGAUAGAAAUGAGCCAUGGUGUAAACGACAUGGUGAGGAGUCUGAUCAUAUUAAUGAUAAAUUUUCUAGACUUAAAAUGGAGAGACAGGAGAAAGAACGAAUUGACAGAUUACUUGAUAGUUCUGAAAGGUUGUCACCAGAUGAGUUCCUAGACCUGCCUUCAUCAUAUAACAAACAAAAAACACCUCAGCGCAAAUUCCAGUUAAGUCAUUGUGGCUGGCCAUCAGACUCUGAUUCAGACACAAAUUCAGAUCAUUCUGACACAGUUCCUUUACGUGAACUUAUUGGUAGAAAUUUGUCUGAUAAGAAAAAGAACUGCAAAGAUACGGUAGAAAAAACUGAUAUCAAAUAUUGCCGUGAAAGAAUUUUAAUGCAUGGGAAAAAAAAGCUUGAUUCAAAAGGCCUUAAACAUUUUGUUCCAAAAAGAGAUUUAAAGGAGAAAUAUUUCUGCUCACCUCAACUUGAAAGUAAAAAUGCUACAAUUGUUAAAAAAAGCACACAGACUUCUGAUUCACAAAACACAAAAGUCUCAGGUACAGGAAAUGAUAAAAUGCACUCACAAACAUCAAGAAAAGACCACAUUAGACAAACUUCUACCUCAAAUGAACAGAAUAUGUCUGCUAUAUCUAUAUCAAGUGCUGACAGCCAAGAAACUCCUCCAAGAUAUAUUGACAAUGCCAUUUUCCAUACACCAUUAGCUCAAUCAAAUUUCACAAACGGUUUCCAUCCAACUUUUGCCAGUCCAAGAUUGCCUAUGCCAAUUUCCAUACGUCGAGGAAGGCAUGCAGAUAGAAGAUCCCGCCCAGAAAGGAUAAUGGAUGACUUUGAUCCAUCACCUGCAGAGUUAAUGUCUGACCAAGUCCAACCUUCAGGUAGUAAUUCACCUCCAGCAAGAGAUCAUAGAUUAUUAUCCCCACUGAAUAGAUCAAGAUGGGCCAGAAGUCACAAAGGGAGAUUUUCCAGAACAAGGAAUUUGAGUCGAGAGAGUGUACCAACCCAUGGUUCUGAUUUCAUGUUAGCAUCAAGUCUGUUGACACCUAGGACAAAUGAUGCAGUGCAGCGAGUCCAACAGCACCAGAAUGAUGAAGAUUUUGCAAGACGUUUGCAGGAAGAAAUGGACAUGGAGUUUGCCAUGUCCUUACAAAACAUGGAGAAUGGUCCCCCAGCUGAACCUGCCACUGGUGCUAAUACUAGUAGUGGUACAACACCAACAACAGAUGAGGAUUCUGAUAACAGAACACGUCACAAUAGAAUGAGGUUGUAUGGACUGGAAGAUAUUGAGACUUAUCUGAAUCUUCCUGAUGAGAUUUCACCAAAUUUAGAGCAAAUGAUACAAGCCACCAGAAGUACAACUCCACCUCGAACCAGGACCAGACAGAGAGGAAGCAGACGACAAAGAAACUCUAACAGUCUUGAAGCUCUAAGUAGAAUGGAAGCACACUUGAUGUCUAUUCUUGAUGACUAUGGUACAUCUCCUGUCAGAGGUCAGAACAGACGAGGACGUCGUUUCUUCCCAGCAUUCAAUGUGUCUGCAUCUGAAGGACAGGAUUAUGAGGAGUUGCUUAAUCUGGCUGAAAUGCUGGGUGAUGUUAAACCACGAGGUUUGACUAAAAACCAAGUAACCAAACUACCUGAGAGGAAGUACCAGGUGUGUCCUGGAGAGGAAGUUAAGGAAUGUCUUGUCUGUAUGUGUGAAUUUGAGGAUAAGGAUCAGCUUAGAAUCCUGCCUUGCUUUCAUGAAUUCCAUACUCCAUGCAUAGAUAAAUGGAUUGGUGUAAAUGCUACAUGUCCAGUUUGCAGAGUAGUGGUGAAUGUUUGAAUGUGUUCAGAUAAGGAGAAUGUGCAAUGAUGGAAUACAAUAAUCUGUAUAUAAGUGUGUUACUUUACAUGUCACAAGAAGUUCAAAUAGACACAAUAUCAAGUCAUUACAUAUUCCUUUGUAUUUUUUUUUUAAAUGUGAUGCUAGACAAAUGUAUAGUAGAGUAAUCACACAUCCAUGUUUAAAUCUCCUAUUUUUGUUACAUCUCAAUCAUUUGAAAUGCAUCCUUCGAGGGGUACACAAUUCUUCCAAAUCACCAUGAAAGACUAAAUGAUUGUAUACUAUUGUUAUAAAAGAUAGUAUAUACAUAAAUGUUCAUUUAGUACUAUUAUUUGAGGAAUUUUACAGAAGGAUGAAUAUGAUUGAAUUCCUGAAAACAUGGAAAACAUGGAGCAUGUUCAAAAUAUUUUUGAACCAAAAAAGUACAACAGAAAAAAGUACCAACUGGAAAUAAAGUAAUAGUACAAUUCAGUACUGUAGAAUUGCAGUUCAAUAGUUUGCUAGUAAAAGUACUACAGUGGUUUGCUUCCUUUACAGUACUUCAAAGUUGGUGCACUUAAGUAGUACAUGUAGAAAAAUAUCUGUGUACUUGUUACAGUAUUUACCAUUUAAAAAGGAAAUAACCUGUCAUUAGCAAUAACUCAAGUGAAGAAUGUUUUAUUUAUGUAGUGAAUGAACUUGAUAGUUUUUAUACGCCCAUUUACGGGACGUAUUAUGGUAUACUGUUGUCCGUCUGUAUGUCCGUCCGUCUGUCGUCAACAUGUCAGACAAUAACUCAAAAACGCUUUAACCAAUUUGCAUGAAACUUUGGUGAAUUAUUUAUAUCUAUUGAUGUGAGCUCCCUUUAGAUUUUUAUAAAUUUUAGAUUUUGUUUUUCCGAGUUAUGAGGUUUUAUUCAUUAAAACAAGGGGAUUUUCCAGUUUUCAGACAAUAACUCAGAAACACUUUCGCCAAUUUGCAAGAAAAGUUAUGGGGUUUUAUUCAUUAAAAAGGGGGGAUUUUCCAGUUUUCCCAAAAAUAACUCAAAAAUGCUUUGAGCAGUUUUCAUGAAACUUUGGUGAAUUGUUUAUAUCUAUUGAUGUAAGCUCUCUUUCAAUUUUUAAAAAUUCUAGAUUUUAUGUUUCCGAGUUAUGGGAUUUUAUUCAUAAAAAAGGGUUGAUUUUCCUGUUUUCUGACAAUACAUGCAAUACCUUUAAAGUGCUUCGAGCAGAUUUCAUGAAACUAUGGUGAUUGGUUGAUAUCUAUUAAAAUACCUCCCUUUAGUUUAUUAUAAAUUUCUGAAAAGACAUUAAGAAGUUAUUGAACUUUACUCUUUAAAAAAGUGACGGUCGUAUCAUGCGCUCAUGGCGCAGCUGUUUAUUAGGUAUCUGCAACUUUUAGAUAUCAUGUGCAUCUCUCUUGUAAAAUAUUUUUGGUGAAAAUUUUGAGACAUUUUUCAAACAGUUAUAAAAACAUUUUGUACUCAAUAUUUAUAUCAAGUGAUAUUCAGAACUCUGAACUGUGAUUCAGUUAACUUAUGUUAUAUUCCAAAAGAUAACUGACAAAACAAAACAGAAUUUCUGUCAUGCAUUUUUACAUGGCCUGGUCUGUUACAUCAUUAAUUUUAUCCUUUGCUAAAACACAUAAUAGAAUCUGAGUACAACAAAUCUUUGAGAAUUAGUUUUUAAAAAUUAACUGCCCUCAGAGUAGUAUUAUUGCAGGAUAAAUAUUGAAAGAUAUGUGGAAAUUUUUUCUCUGCAAUGCAGUUUUGUGCAAAUUAUUGGAUAAACUUGGAAGAAAAAGGUAAAAAGUACAAUGUGUUAUUGAGUUGAUACAACAAAUAUUUUUAUUAAGAGAAGUUUUAUAUUCCUUAAAUUAAAAUUUGUAUACCUGUCUGCUACCAGUUACCGUGAAAAAUUCAAAGUUUUUCUCAAAUGUUUUUUUACAGGAACUCCUGUUGAAAACAUUCUUUUACCAUAAAAUGGUUACCAAAAGUUAAGUUAAACACCAUGCACUCAAUCCUUCAAUCAUCUAGAUCUUAUAAAGGACGAAUAUUGGUAAACUAGUGUGCUGAUUUUUCUGUAAAAAAAUUAUGGUUGCGAAGACCAGUUACAAUCAUUUAAGAAUCUACACACUAAAUGAUAAAUAUUUCCACUUUUUAUGAGUAUUUAUGUCAUAUAAUGUUUUUCUGUAGUAAGACGAGAAGGCUCUUUGCUAGAUUUACCAAGCACAUAGUCAUUAUGUCCACAUAUUCUAAAUCUUUUCUUCCUUUUGCAAAGUCUGAACUGGUCAUAAAUAAUGUCACUUGAAAUCAACAUAAUAUACCGUAUUGAAGGAUAGCAAAAAAUAUGUUUUCAAAUUUAUAAAUCUGGCCUCAUUCUUAUGAAAAUAAUUUGUGUUCUUAAACAAGCUUUGAUAUAUUAUGUAUUUCAAAACAGUAAGUUUCCAUUAAUCAAGGAUGCCAUAAAGUAAUGACGUCAUGUCCCUGCACACGCAUCUUCCCACAACAUGUUGUAAAACACAAGCUCAGAAUUUCGUUGUCUUAAUUGGAUCAAACAAAAAGUUUUUUGAUAAAAAAAAUAUGUGUCUGAAGAUAAUAGCAGUAUGCCGAAUUCAUGCAAUGCAUCCAUUAUUACAAAAAAUGCCUAGUGAAAGUAACUGGAAACUGACAGUAACUGGUCUUUGACCAGUAACAUUUUUCCAGCAAAAAUACCUUCAGUAAUGAAAUUAAAAAUAUAAAUUUAUCUUUCCCAUUUAAAAAAAAUUCUGUGAGAUGUUUUGCAAGAAUGUAUGUAUUAAAUACUAUAGUAAAUAGUUGUCUUUGUAAGAUUUUCAAAAGACUGUUGAAUAUUUUGAAUCAUUCUAUUUAUGAUAUUUUGUAUUUGAAUAUCCAUAUAAAAAUGUGGAAUAGGUAGACUGCUUAGUAUAAGAAGUAGUUUAUUAUUAAAUGGAAAUACAUCUUGCAUAAUUUGGUACACAUAAAACAAAUUGUAUUUAGAAACAAGCAACUAGUGCUUAUAUUACCAUUUAUUUGUCCAAGAGUAGACAACUUAUUUCUGAAUGAUUAAAUGUUAAGUAUUUUAAUG